AUGAUGCUUGCAAGAGAGUUUGUGAGAAACCAGAAUGCUCGUAUUACGGAUUUUUCAACUAAUGAAGCUGAUACUCCACUCAUAGUGCAAUUUGGUGCCAAUAAUGAGGUUGAUCUAGCACGGGCCGCUAAAAUGAUUAUGCCAUAUACCGACGGUAUUGGUCUCAACUGUGGAUGUCCAAUUAAAGAACAAGUACGAGAAGGCAUUGGUGCAGCUUUAAUGACCGAUCCUGAGAGAGUAGCAUCAAUGGUCCGAGCUGUCAAGGCCACCUGUGGCCCUGAGUUCUGUGUAGAAGUCAAGAUCCGUAUUCAUAGUGAUCUUCAGGAGACAGUACGAUUUGCGAGAUUGGUUGAAGAUGCUGGUGCUGAUUAUAUUACUGUACAUGGACGACGCAAGACUCAGCGGUCGAGUGAACCAGCUAAUUGGGAAGCUAUAAAGCUGAUCAAGGAAUCUGUAAAAUGUCCUGUUGUUGCAAAUGGUGACGCAUUUACUAUGGACGACGUUAAUAAGAUUGUCGAAUUAACGGGUGUGGACGGUGUAAUGUCUGCCAGAGGUAUUCUUGCCAACCCUGCUCUAUUCAGUGGCUAUAAUAAGACCCCAUGGGGAGCCAUCGAGCUUUUCUGGGACUAUGUCACCAGUUAUGGCCUGCCAUUCCGUCUUACUCAGCAUCACUUCUCAGAAAUGGUUGAGCUCGAGUUCACUCGGAAGCAGAAACGAAGCCUGAACGAGAGCAACAACCUACCCGAACUCCUAGACUGGUUUGAUGCACGCUUCGAUCUAAAACGAAGAGGCGAACCCGGUUUUGGCGAGCGGGUUGAAUUCCCCUGGAAAUCUACUUAUCACGAACGAGAACUCGACAACGAACUCAACGAAAAUGCAUCGCUAAACCUCGCCUCUGAUUUAGCAUCUGUUCACCUGGCUUCCUAG